AUGAGCUGGUUAUGGGGUAACGAGACGACAGAGCAGGCGCAAUUUGUGGUGAGCGCACUGCAGAGUGAGUUGGAUGAACGCGAGAACAAAAUUAAGGCCUUAGAGGCAGCUUUAAGGCGUGAGCAACACGAUAUGACAUCUCUGUUGGAGGAUGAGGUGAAGGAUUUAGAAGCACGACGUAAAAGGAUUGAGAGGGAACUAGCAGGUGUGGACAUGCUUAUUAAACAGAAGCAGGCGCUGAUUGCAAAGAAUAAGAGCGAAAAGAGGAAGAAACAAAACAACAAAAGCAAGACGGUGGCCUCGCCGAAAGCAGACGCAGUCAGAGACAAGGUUAGUGCUCAUAAUCACUUGAAGCAGAAUGGACAUGACACGAUACAAUCUCGAAAGGUGAAGACAGGAAAUUUUGAUACCAAUGCGAUGAAAGAAACGAAAUACUUGUUUCCUAUGGACGAGAGCUUGAAGAUGGUGGCAAAAGAGGAACCUAACGUUGCUUUUAUUAUUCAGCGUAGCAAUAACUCGAAUACAGUCGUGUAUGCUGGACACAAGGCGUCAGAUAAUGGCCAUCCGCGGGAAGAACUGAAUAUGCUUGAGCGAAAUACGGCAUACGGUGUGGCGUUCAAGCCGUCCGAUGUGCCGGGUGAAUACAUGGCGACAAUUGCAUCGCUGCGUGAUCGCAAUUGUGUCAUUCGUCUGGACCAGCACGGCAACGUAUUGGCAUUGACUACGAUUAAUGGCAAGACAAAUAUACUGUUGCGGCGUGUGUUCGUACAGAUGACCACAAGCUGGGGCAUUCCAACGGUAGAUUAUGUUGAAAUUUUUGGUGUAGAUCCAAAAACAUUUGAGCCAGUAUACGAAAAGAAAACAAACAAGUAA